AUGGUGUUAGGCGUCAUUGGUAUCGCAGCCGGAGGCGUCGCAAUACCACUUGCUGCCUCUGGAGUAGCUGCCUCCGUUGCUAGCAUCGCACAAGGUGCUGGAGCUCAACAGCAGGGGAAGGCCGCUUCAAAACCUGCAAAGCCGCCUGAUCCGGACGACCCUCGACUCAAAAAGUUCACCCUCAUAGCCCAUUGCAAUGAGGAUUCACCAUUAAAGGAUCAGGUAGAAGGCAAGCAAGUAGUCUUGCGUAAUCGAAAGCUGUAUCUUGAUGAUCAGGAUUCUUCGCAGCGAAAAUUUGAGGAUGGACAUGGAUUCAGCGGCUUCUAUGUUGAUUAUCCUUGGAAUGACAAGCCGCGAGGGCUUGUCAGCACCAUCCGACCAGAUCCGCCGGAGCUGAACUGGAUAUAUGUGAACAGAGAUACGAUGUUGGUGGAGCAUGGAGGCAAGACACAGAGUCUUCCCCACCUGGUAGGGCCUUGGGACUGGACAGAGAACAAAGAAAGGCUAUUGUUCGAGGGCUGGGAGGGCUUUGUGGUGAUGGAAGAAAGCGAGGGUGGCUGGCUUUUAUGUUACGACCGAGAACAGGACCAUUUGGCUAGUAUAAGAGGUGAAAAGAGAGUGCUAAAAUGCACCCUGGAAAGAAUAGUAUUAAGUCCGCCCGUAAAAUAG